ACCACGCCUCUUUUUUUCUCCGUUUUCUGAAAACGUUGAAAUCAUUCCAAACUCAUACUUCGCAUACCAACUUUACUGUCAAUCUUAAAUACAAUUUUUUGGGAAAAGGGCAACUGCCAAACAAUCGGAUACAGUGAAUGAGCAAUUUGUUAAAACCGUGCCACUAAAAGCAGACGUAAGCCGCCACUGUAAGGUGUGUCGUAGGCGGAGCCGUCACCAUUGCGUCGGAGUGGAGUUGCCGUGGCAGCCCUGAGGGGGGGCAGGAGGAUGGAGGGGACGGAGAGGAGGAAGGGCUGGGGGAGGGUGGAGAGCGGGGCCUGGAUGGGGACCCAGAGGGUGUGUGGAGCCCAGACAUCGAGCAGAGCUUUCACGAGGCACUGGCCAUCUACCCACCCUGCGGCAGGAGGAAGAUUAUCCUGUCUGAUGAAGGCAAGAUGUAUGGGCGCAAUGAGCUGAUAGCGCGCUACAUCAAGCUGCGCACUGGGAAGACUCGCACACGCAAACAGGUAUCUAGUCACAUUCAGGUGUUGGCGCGUAAAAGGGUACGAGAAUACCAGACAGGCAUCAAGGAAAGUAAGUUAGAUGAAAGAAAAACAGAAUUGUCAGUCGGCCAACUCUACUAUCAGAAGCUUUACUCAAUUCAGAAAGAGGCUGGACAGCCUGACCAGGUGUCAAAGGACAAGGCGUUGCAGAGCGUGGCUAACCUCUCGUCGGCUCAGAUCGUUUCUGCCAGCGUGAUGAAGCCCCAGCCCCCCUACCCCCCGCCUGUCAGGUUUUGGCCUGGCAUCCCUGGACAACCUGGACAUUCUCAGGACAUCAAGCCUUUUGCACAGCCCCCAUACACCACCCUCCCAGCCCCAGUCCCUACGCCUAUUAGUUACGAGCCACUGCCUGCUCCUCGGGCCCCUGCUACCAUAGCAACGCCAGUGUGGCAGGACCGGACCAUCGCCUCUGACAAGCUCCGACUGCUAGAGUACUCUGCUUUUAUGGAGAGCCAGAGAGACGCAGACACGUUCAGUAAGCACCUGUUUGUCCACAUCGGUCAGUGCAGCCCGGGCUACAGUGACCCGGUGCUAGAGUCAGUGGACGUGAGGCAGAUAUACGACAAGUUCCCUGAGAAGAAAGGGGGUCUGAAGGAGCUGUAUGAGAAGGGACCACACAGCGCCUUCUUCCUCGUCAAGUUCUGGGCGGACCUAAGCAGUGACCUGGAGGAGGGACCUGGAGCCUUCUAUGGCGUUAGCAGCCAGUACAGCGGCACAGAAAACAUCACCAUCAGCGUCUCCACCAAGGUCUGCUCCUUUGGCAAGCAGGUGGUGGAGAAGGUGGAGACGGAGUAUGCCCGAAUGGAGGGAGGGAAGUGUGUCUUUAGGAUCCAUCGCUCACCCAUGUGUGAAUACAUGGUCAACUUCAUCCACAAGCUGAAACACCUGCCAGAGAAGUACAUGAUGAACAGCGUCCUGGAGAACUUCACCAUCCUACAGGUGGUGUCUAACAGGGAAACUCAGGAGACUCUGCUGUGUAUUGCCUUUGUGUUCGAGGUCUCCACCAGCGAACACGGAGCUCAAUACCACGUUUACCGCCUUGUCAAGGACUAACACACUAAAGCCCCCUUCCUGUACAGACUACUACACACACGACCCUCUCUACAGACUGUUCUGAACACGGGCACGCAAAUACAAACCAGACGUUCUCUCCAUAACUUACACAUGUACAGACACACUCCCACACACAGUCUCAUAGUGCACCAAUCUACCAAUCAAACCAAAAGCAGACGAGGAGAUACUCACAGAGCCUCUGAACAGACAACACAUAUCCAGCCUCUAUAGUUAGUCAGUCUUUGACUUUAUAACACAUAGGAAACAGAUGACAGCUGAAAGACAGCUCCCCCCCCCCCCCCCCCCCAGGAAAAGCGGUGUCUUUGGCUUUCAUCCGACUCCACCACAGGUUCUUCUGUAGGCAAUGGGAGUUCUGCAGGUGUGUUGGCUGUAAGGGGGUUGGGGUCAGAGGACAUGAGUCAAAUGUUCAUAGGUCGCACACUAUUCGAUUUUUGACUGCGCUCCAAUGCCUCCUCAAUACGUCCCAUUGUAAAAUGCUCUCAUAGUUCGGUUGAUUUUUUGCAGGAAACAUGCGCCUCACCUUUUUAAAAACACAUCUCAGUUCUGAGAGCCUGAAUUCUUGGGUGAGGAGCAAACGGUAACAGCCCUGUAACCCCCUUCCCUCCCACACUACACGUCCCAGUCAUACGCCUUUGUUUUUAUACCCUAAUCCCUCCCUGGUGACCAUAAGAGAUUGUGAAUUCAAAAAAUAACACUCGAAUCGUCUUUUAUUUUGAUUUUUGCACGUUACAUUUUUUUUCUUUCUCUUCACACUAAAAUAUCAUUUUGUAGUUUAAAUAAAAGGAUUGACACUAUUAUUGUUCAGUUUUAAACAAGUUUGUCAGGCCUGAAUUUGUGAGCUGGUUGGUAAUGGACAAGGGCUUCCUGCAGUAUUUCUACCUCCAGGGGCAUGUGGUGACAUUUAAGGUGUGUAUGGUUCUAUAAGCCUUAACCCAGCAGCACUGAUGUAUAGGAUGUAAACUUUGUGAGCUGAUACUCGAGACAUGGUACUGUCUAAUGUCAGACCUGGGUCACUUUUUUAUGAUGACAUUAUUAUGUGUAAAGCAUAAACCUAAUUUCUGUGUGUGUGUUUUCUUAGCGGUACAGCCAAGAGGGGCAAAUUCAUUUAAACAAAUGUGCUAUUUUUCUUAUGUGUGAUAUUUUCAAAUCGACAAGGUACAAUCCCCCCUCCCUCUUCUUGCCAUUGGCUGUACUGAUACAGAUUUUUCUUGGCAACACUAAGGAUCUUUGUUAUAUCAGCUAUUUGUAUAUGUCUUCUUUUGUUCUGAUGAUAAGAAUUGGGAUUUCUGUCUACCACCAGCCCCAGUUUUUAUUUUGUUUUUGCCAAUUUUAUGAGGAUGGCACCACUUCUAUGUAUCUGUGACUGUGUUGACAAUGACUGACUUGGUGAUGCAUACUGUAAAUCAAUUUGGACAUUUUUCAGGACAUAGACUGAGCUUUGGUAGAAAUGUUGGUGCUCCUCAAUUGAAAGGGCUUCCUGGCCCCAGACUAAAAUAAAUAUGUGCUGUUGA